AUGUACCUAAAAGAAAUAUUGAAUUUCAAGGCUUCAACAAAUAAUUCUGUAACACAUCUCAAAGAAUUCUUGAAUUGUCAUCAAACUUCAGUUAAUGCAAUAAAAGCACUGAACAUAAAAGAUUUAUCAGAUUUUCUUUUGUUUUCACUAGCAUUACGUAACGUUGAUCAUUAUACUAGAAAAGCAUUUGAAAGCCAAUUGGGCUCGUCUGAUAUUCCUGAAUAUAAGACUUUGAUAGAUUUUGUCACAAAACAACUCAAAGCUCAGGAGUUUUGCGAACAGAACUCUUCUAAAUCUUCAAAUAAAUCAACUGGUUCAAGUUCAUUUCACUCUUUUAAAAAUAAAACAAGAAAUGUUUUGCUAGCAAGUUCUGCUGGUUCUUCUCAGGAUCAUUCCCUCAAUAGACCAUCUCGUUCAGUGAACUCAAGAAUUCUUCAUUGCCCAAAAUGUAAUGAUACACAUCCUCUGUUUGCAUGUCCAUCUUAUAUAAAAAUGUCGAGGCAAGCUAAAUUUGAUUAUUUAAAAAACUGCAAACGUUGCUUCAACUGUCUUGGACUUCACAAUUUUAAAUACUGUGCUUCCAAAAAUUCAUGUAGAAUAUGCAAAUCAACUCGUCACCAUACUAGCCUCCAUCCAGAUAAUCAAUCUGUCAAUCAAUCAGAUAAUCUAUCUGACAUCCCGAACAAUAACAGCCUCCAAAUUGAAAGUAAAGUUUCGGAAUCUGAAUCUGCUGCCCCCAAUGAAAUUAUCAAUUCAUAUCAUAUCAAUAAAAAGUCUAUUUGUGUUGGACAAGUGCUUCUUGGUACUGUUCAAGCUAGAAUUGAAUCUGCUGACGGUACAAAGCUCCAAGUUAGAGCUGUGUUAGAUCCAGGGUCUCAAAUUUCUGCUAUCAGUCAGAAACUAGUGAAAAAAUUGGGUUUAAAAAUUAAUUCAAUCAAUAUGUCUAUUUCUGGUAUUGGUCAAACCAAUGCGCAACCAUUAGGUUUGAUAGAUUGCAAGUUGUAUCCCAGAACGGGAUUGGAGUACUUACAAGUACACGCUGUUGUGUUACCUGAAAUUACCAACAAUAUACCUUCUGCCCCUUUGUCACAGGAAAUAAUGAAACAUUUCGAGCACUUGAAUUUGGCUGACAAAACAUUUCAUAUUUCUCAACCCAUAGAUAUUCUCCUAGGUGCUGAUACUUAUUCUAUCGUUUUUGAACGUGACGGUCGUAUUUCGUCUCCUGGAUAUCCUACUGCCGUAAAUAGGUACAUUUUUUGGUUGGAUAAUCAUAGGUACCAUAAAUGA